CAGUCGGCGCUCCCGGGCUCUGCCGGCGGAAGAGAUGGAGCAGCGUCACGGGCGCCCGGCCCCUUAAAACGCUGCCGGCUGGAGCCGCCUCCCUGCCUGCAGCCCGCGGCGGGGAUGGAGUAAAAGGAGUCGCGUCGACCUGCCCGCGCGGAUCAGUGAUGGAGUUAAAGCCAUCCCUGUCCACCCAUUUGGAAGCCGAGAAGCCUCUGAGGCGCUAUGGGGCGGUGGAGGAGACAGCGUGGAAAGCCGAGGGACUGGGGAGAAGUCAACUGGACAUCAUCUCCAUGGCAGAGACAACCAUGAUGCCAGAGGAGAUUGAGCUGGAGAUGGCGAAAAUUCAGCGUCUGCGGGAGGUCUUGGUCCGGCGGGAGUCUGAGCUCAGGUUUAUGAUGGAUGACAUCCAGCUCUGCAAGGACAUCAUGGACCUGAAGCAGGAGCUACAGAACUUGGUCGCCAUCCCAGAAAAAGAGAAAACCAAGCUGCAGAAGCAGAGGGAGGACGAGCUGAUCCAGAAGAUCCACAAGCUGGUACAAAAGAGAGACUUCCUGGUGGAUGAUGCGGAGGUGGAACGUUUACGGGAACAAGAAGAAGACAAGGAAAUGGCCGAUUUCCUGAGAAUCAAGUUAAAACCUCUAGACAAAGCAACCAAAUCUCCAGCCAGCUCCCGGGCAGAGAAGAAAGCAGAGCCCCCACCCAGCAAGCCCACGAUGGCCAAGACGGGACUGGCACUCAUCAAGGAUUGCUGCGGGGCCACCCAGUGCAACAUCAUGUAGCCCCCAUGCGGGGUGCCUCCGGGGCCACAGGGACCACCCUCCCACCCUCUUGUCUUCAUAACCCUCAGCGCACCAGGGCCUAAGAGCUCUACAAGGUGGAAGGGGUUGAAGGCAAGCCCAUGACUGUCACCAGGGGCCAUGAGUGCGGUGGUGGGCCCAGCCGCCCUGUACAGAGUGUAGCAAUAGGGAGUUCCCCUCUGUCGCAUGGCCCUCCCCAGAGCAUGCCGAACCCAGGAAUCUGUCUCACUGUUUAUCCAACCACUGGGAAAGGUCCUUCCUUGAAAAAGUAUAUCUCCACUUCUAUCUAGCUGUAUCUAACCCACCAUGCGAGUGAACUGGGAGAAGGAUGUGGUCCCUAGGCGUGUACAGUCAUGACCUCUCGACAAUUCAUCAUCAUGUGGGACACCCCCCAUCCCACCCUCCUAGCUCUGCUGUCAGGCCUGUCCCCAGCGGGCAUGGCCCCCUCCCCUGUCUCUCCUCUCCCCAUUGCCCCAUUGUCUCUCAGCUGCCACAUAGAUCUGGCAUUCUUGGGGACACAGAGGGGCCAUCUGUAGAGUACGCUUGUGUGGGGCGUCGUGGCCACGCCUCCCACUUGUUCCCGUCCCGUGUCUGGGCACAGCUUGGGAUCAGGAGUGUGUCCGUUGCACUCUUGCCUUGCCUUUCCCUUGCAAUGUCUGCCCCAGGUGUUUGGUGGAGAGUGAGGCUGGGGAGGCCUGGGCUGGAGCAGACCCAGUGCUCAGAAGAGAUAGCUGAGAGCUGGAGGCCCCAACGCCAAGGCCAGGGAGGAUGAGAAGGGGUCCCAGAGCGGAUGCUGACCAAGGCGCUCUCCACCCACCCCACCCCAACCCCACAGCAGGGUGCCACUCACCAGCCCAACACACAGACCUCCGGAAAGAGCAGCGGCAGGCGAGAGAGGCAGCCUGACCCACCCGUGUCCCGUCAUUUGGUGGUGUAGUUUAACCAGCCUCACAAUUCCACCCGUGUAACUCAAUGUACAUUUGCUACAGCCAGCCAGGCACAGCCGUGUGACCGAUCUGUACCAGUGUGUGUGUCGUGACCGGCCUCAGUAGUUAGCGUAACUCAAGAUUCGCUGAUGUGCAAUCAUCCAUAGGAGAAAAUAAAAAUGGAAACCACGUACACGGCAUUUUUAAAGUUUUUACUUUUUUUCCUCUUGAUUAUGGAAGUAAUCCUUGUACAUAGCAGAUCAUUUAGACAGUACAGAAAGUAUAACAUUUUUGUUUGUUUGUUUAAAAAAAAAAAAAAACCCAUAAACCCUCCAACUAGAGACCAGCUCUGACAUUUUGGCUUAUUUCCUUUCGGUGUCUUUUUUAUGCAUUUUUAUCAUGAUUGGGGUAUCAUACUGUACUGUUUUGUAACCGUUUUUUUUUCUCUUAGCAUUUUAUCACCAUCAUUCUCCCAUGUCAUUAAAGCCCUCUGUAAACAUUAAACACGCUUCAUAAAUAUU